GCUUCGAAGUGCAAGAAGAAGGUUACCUAGCGAAGAUCCUGAUAGCGGAAGGGACCAGGGACGUCCCCCUGGGAACCGUACUCUGCAUCAUAGUGGAGAAGGAGUCGGACAUUCCCGCUUUCGCAGACUACAGGGAUGCUGGGAUCGCCGAUAUCAAGCCUCCCGUGUCCCCACCGACUGUGAUUGCCCAGCGUUUGAUGCAGUCUAAGCAAACGAUACCUCACUAUUAUCUCUCUGUUGACGUCAACAUGGGAGAAAUAUUGGAGCUGAGGAAAGAGCUCAACCAGGAGAUGCCACAGAACACCAAGCUGUCCGUCAACGACUUCAUUAUUAAAGCUUCGGCUCUGGCUUGCUUGAAGGUGCCCGAAGCGAAUUCUUCGUGGUUAGAAACAGUCAUUAGGCAAAACCACGUAGUUGACGUAAGCGUGGCGGUCAGCACCCCAGCCGGGCUGAUAACGCCCAUUGUGUUUAAUGCCCACACCAAGGGCUUGGCCUCCAUCAACCAAGACGUCGUGACGUUAGCCAGCAAAGCGCGGGAAGGCAAGCUUCAGCCCCACCAAUUCCAGGGGGGAACCUUCACAGUUUCAAAUUUAGGAAUGUACGGCAUUAAGAAUUUUUCAGCCAUCAUCAAUCCACCGCAAGCUUGUAUCUUGGCGGUUGGGGGCUCGGAGAGGAGGCUGGUGCCGGCAGAUAAUGAAAAAGGGUUCGAUGUGGCCAGCAUCAUGUCCGUGACCCUCAGCUGCGACCACCGCGUGGUGGACGGAGCCGUGGGGGCCCAGUGGCUGGCAGAGUUCAAAAGAUUCCUGGAGAAACCAGCCACCAUGCUGCUAUAACUUCUCAAAGGACUUUGGCGACCUGAUCGCUUCAUUCUAAAAGAAGCUAUUUAUAUAUCGGAGGGUUAGACUUUUAAAAAGAAAAAGAAAAAAAAGUUUCCUUCUUUUAUUU